CGCUGAUAAAAAGCUUUGUCAAACGCUAUGUGUUGUGUGGCUGUAGCCAAAAUCAUGACAACACGCAUAGAAAGCCUUCUUCAAAGCCCCUUUGAGUCUCGAGGUCUGCCUCUUCAUUUGAGGCCAACAGCCCAGGACUUCAAUACUAAAACACACUCUCUCCCAUGCAGCCCAGAACCUUGGCUUCUACCAGGCUGCAGUUCAGUGUACGAUAGUCUUGUCAGCUGCUCUAAAACCCCACAGUCAACUUCACAUAAUGGAGAAAAGACUUCUGCUGUUCAGAAGCCUCGCAGGUCAUCCAUUCUUGAGCGGUGCAUCCUGAAGAUGUCUACAGCUAGUGUUGCUGUUGGAACGGAAGACAUUGAUGGGAUCAAGAGGUCACCGUCAGGGCGACAGUGGUGCCCACUCAAUGCUGACCCGUCACAAUUCGAGACUAAUGAGGCAGUUUUGAAGCGUAGACAAAAACAGAUUCAGUAUGGAAAGAACACGUGUGGCUACCAGAACUAUGUUCAGCAGGUUCCAAAAUGUCUGCGCGUGCCUGGGAUUCACCCUUCCACUCCAAACAAAUGCCGCAAAUAUAGCCGCAGAUCUUGGGACAUGCAAGUCCGUCUCUGGCGGAGAGCGCUUCAUGCAUGGGACCCGCUAUCUGCUUCCCAGAAAGACACGGAGGGACAAGACCCAGUUGAUCAAUUGCAGAGCUUGCUUGAGAAGAUGAAUACAGAGCUGUGCGACGGUGGUGAAAAGGAGGGCACAAAGUGGGAAAUGGUGCCGGAUUCCAUGUCGUCCAUUAUUUCACAACCUUCUGAGUUGUCAACUGAUGGUCCUUGGCUGUAUUCUAAUGCUACUCAGGUUGGAGUCCCAUGUCACCAGGGCCAAAUCUCUCGGCCUGGAUUGGGCUACACCUUCAGCAGUCACCUAACGGCACAGGAGAACGUCCUAGGAUGGUUGCGAUUUCUCCUUGAGACUGACCGCAACCAAACCCAGGUGCCUUUGCUGCAUGAAGAGCCUUUCUGGAGAUUUAUGUAGUGUCUCGUCAAAUCAUGCGACUGGUCUGCACAGAUCAGGUGCUAAUCUUAUUCUCCAGCUGUAUUUGAAUUACACUUGGAUCACUGUCUACUAGUUUAGUAUGCUUUGUAUUUUGUUAUCAAGGCAUCCUCUUCAAAUGAAUGUUUCAAUAUUGUACACUUUCUUACUACUGUACACCUGUUAUUACUACUUUUGUUUUCUUUUUCUUUCCCUUCAAAAGCACAGGUUCUGUUCGUUUUGUUCUGUUCUUAACACUUUCCCUCCUGUUUGUCACGUCACUGUUUUUCUAAAAACAGGAAGUUCAGAAGUUUUAUUUUUGUGUGGACCUCUAUGAAUGG